AUGGCCCACUUCGGGGAGUGCCGAGCAUCCCGGUCUUCAUCCAUAGCUGCCCCCGCGAACCCACCUGCGAAAGCCUCCGCGCCGGCCACCCUCGCACAGGACUCUGCUUUUAAAAACUGCUGGAGCUGUCGCUUGCUUUCUGGGUCUGCGCUCUUGGGGGCGGGUGCCUACGUCUACCUGCUGGCCAGGAGGCCCAUGAAGCAGGGAAUGCCGCUGAAUCCAGGAGCCAUAGCGCAGAUGGUCGUCGGCAUCAGUAUUGCCUGCUGGGGUGUAGUUGUCCUGGCAGACCCCAGAGGGAAGUCCCACCGAGUUGUUUGAAAGC